AUGAUCGGAAAAAAAGCAGAAAGUGAAGCUUCAAACCAAGAUCCAUCCUUAGUUCAUCGAAACACUUCUUUAACAUCAUCCAAGUCAUCAUGUGAUAUAUCAUCAAAGCUUAACCAACAGAUUAUUGAGGAAUUGCCAAGGAUCCCUAUAAAAACUCUUGCUUUGAAAUACCGAGAAUCUUCCAGUGAAAAUUUAUACUGA